AUGAUAGAAAAUGCGAUCAUUUCUACUCCUGCUUCAAGGCUGAGUAUUGGCGGGAGCAGUAAUAGUUCUUUGCGAAGAAGAAGUCUUAUACCGCAAAAGAAUCGCUUAAAUAAGGAUGAGGAACGCAAUGAUGAUGAUGCAGAGAGAUCAUCACUGGUGGCAUCUGAGCGAGCAAUUGUGUCAUCUACUCCGCUGGCCUCUCCACGUCGUGGCAGGGACACUAUGUCCUCAUCACCACAAAAGGAACAUUUUCAAGGCUGCCUUAAACUUUACGCAGAAAAUAAAAUUAACAAAGACAAUGCUUGGAACCUUCAAUUAAUAGACUUCAUGACAUCAAUGCUUCGUCGCCAUGAUUCUCGCAUGGAGAACCUACAGACGGCAUCUACUGUAGUUGAUGCAUCUGCUAGAAUUUAUUCAUUUAGAGUGGAUGCAGUUCACUAUGAUGUUUUAAAAAUGGCUGGAGGCUUAAGCAAAGCUGCACAGACAAAAAGAGGGAAAAAAGACGACGACGCGGGCUCUCAAGAUGAGGGCGCUGCAGAAGGCGAUGCUGCUGCACCAGUCAAGAAGAAGAAAAAAAGAUCUAAAGGUGCCAUAGCUGCUAAUCCUGACAUUUUUAAUGGUGACUUUGAUGCCAACGAUUGUGUGGAUCCAUUUUUUGAGAGGCUUGCUGCUACGACAGGUGACGUGACAUCCUCAAAUAGAGCAUUUAAUGCAACUCUACCAAUACAUGACAACACCUUUACAUUGAUUUUAAGAACGGAUGAUAAAUUUUUGGAGCCGAUAAAAGAAAACAUUACAGAAGAUUUGGUAUUAGAUGAACAUAUAACAUUGGCCUUGAAGUUGUUUCCAGAAUUUAGAGAAACGGACCAUAUUUGCGAGCCUUUUGCUGGAUUCUCGUUCAAUAACUGGGAUCCGGAAACGGAAGAUGCCGAAAAUCGUAUUAAUAACUGGGUUGAAGAAAACCGGUUAAACCUAUCACAACAAGCUCUUGCCUUCGAUGUCAAUGCUGAAGUCGAACCUAUACCUCAAGAUGAAGUCCAUAAUGAUUUAUUUGACGACGAGCCGUUGGGCGGCAUCGAGAGCGAGGAGGAGGCGGACGUGGCGGUGGCGGCCGUGGCGGCGGCGUGCGCGGCGCGCGCCGGCCCCGGCGCCGUGCGCCUCGCCGACAUGCGCCCGCUGGCGCCGCGCGACUCGCGCCUCGAGUACUCCUACUGCGGGGCCAUCGUCGCCGCCUGGGCCGGGCCCUCGCACUGGCGCCUGCGCAACAACCGCGCAUCCAAAUUAUCCGAGCGAACGCAAUCAACGGCCACAGGGCGUUUGACAGUAGAAGGCAAGAAACCAUCGCGGACUAAACGGCAACUAGACUUUCUGGGAGCAGGAUUGGCGUUCGAUUCUCAGGCAGAACCUACUGGCGAUUAUGAGCCUACACAACCCGCCAAAAUUAUGAUCAGCAGAAAAACACUAGCAACUGGACACACAUGGAAUGAAGCUAAUUUUAAGACGCCAAUUGACAGGGGGUUGGACGAAUCUCAUUUCCGGAAAUUAUUCCUGCGCCGCAAUGUAAUGUUAUUACGCAAGAGAGAUUUAGAGCAGAGCAAGCAACCGGAGGCAGAACCUGUCUCAGUGGAGGAGGUUGGCUAUGACUAUAACAACGAAAACGACGCCUCAUAUUGUCCUAAUAAUGUGCCGGAUGGUGAUGAAUGGGGCAACGAAGAUGCGACAGCGGCUGGUGAACUACACGACCAAGUUAAAUCCGCUGAACAAGAGGAAAUUGGCGACAUGUUAGAACCUCCUACUAAGGUAGCAAAAAUUUUCAUCCCAUAUGCAAUGAGAGCGAAAAAAGUGGACAUGAAACAACUAAAACACUGUACAUGGAAAAUGCUCACAAGUAACACACCAGAAGGAGAAAAAGAGGACGUGCAACAAACUACCUUCUUUUCAAUUUAUUCUCGACUACCAAAUAAGCUAUCGACAAAUAUGCGCGAAUCUCUCAGUGUACCAUUAGCUUUACUUUCGGUCCUUCAUUUAGCUAAUGAAAAAGGACUUAUAUUAGAAAAACGUGAAAAUCUCAAAGAUAUUGGUAUUUUGGGUCUUAUAAAGUAA